ACUCGUGAGAGCAGGUGCCUUCUACAGGUUCCUUCGAAAGCAACUCGAUUGAAGACACGUCUUCUGGAAGACGAAUGUCUCAUUUUGGACGAGUUCCACGCAGGAAGAUGCAGUCGCGAUGGCAUUUGCUCAAAAUCAUGGCCGCGGCAGCAGUCCUCUUCUGCCUCUACGGCGUCUUCCAGUUCAACACGCUCCUCCGCAGCUUCGCAAUCGGCACCGCGAACCAACACACGAACAAGGGUUUGUGGGAAAGAUUUCAGUUCUCGCAGAAGACGCGCACGACGGAGGCCCCCACGGUCAGCCCCAGGACGUGUCGUCCCUCGCACGUGCGCCUGAGGCUCCAGGGACUCUACCCACACCUGAACAUGAGCACGCUGGGUGGGAGCCCCUUCCUGGGCCUGCAGGACGUGGAGGCGGAGGCGACGCGGUCUCACCGACGCAACUACGGCGCCUUCGCCCUUGAGCAGCUGCCGUACCGCAUGCGCCCCAGCGAUGCUCUGACCAUCCGGUGGAUUUUAAAGUUGAUGGUCAACAUAACGACGCCGCGGGAACUAUCCAACUUGGCGUGCAAGCGCUGCGUCGUCGUGGGCAACGGACGAGUCCUCAAGGGCAGCGGCCUGGGCGAGAGGAUCGACUCGUACGACGUCGUCCUGCGCAUGAACGACGCUCCUCUGCGUGGUCACGUGGGGGACGUGGGCAGCCGGACGACGAUGCGCCUCUGCUACCCGGAGUCGGCGCACGUGCGGCGCGAGGACUUUGACGCCAGCACGCUGCUCGUCUUCGUGCCCUUCAAGACGCGCGACCUCCAGUGGCUGCUUGGCGUGCUCAACCACCACCGCGUGGGCCCGCGGGGCUUCUGGAAGAGGGUGCCUACGGAGCUGCAAUUCCCUGCGAGCCGGAUCCGGAUCCUCAACCCGGCCUUCGUGAGGGAGGCCGCCACGGACUUCCUCAACAUCUCGUCGGACACCAAGUCGGGCAAGGCGAAGAACCCCACGACGGGCGUGAUCGCCAUCACGCUGGCGCUGCACCUCUGCGACGAGGUGCACCUCGCCGGGUUCGGGUACAACGUCAACUCCCCCGGCAGCCCCGUGCACUACUACGGCCAGGACACCAUGUCCUCCAUCAUCAAGUCUACCUACCACAACAUCACUAUCGAGCGGACAUUCCUCAGGAAGCUGAAGGAGGGAGAAGCCAUUGUGGACCUGACGCACCUCGCCGGCACAUGACGCUCGUCCGCUCGCUCGCGCGAGGUGGGCAGGCGACGAUCGACCGGGCGGACAGAGGGCAACUCCUGCCGAAUACCGGCAGAAGUUGUGCAAGUUUCGGCCAGAUGCGAGGCCCCGCGCGGCAAAAAAAAAAAAAACUCACGGCCGGCCGCCCCACCUUGACAGCGGCGGUUCCACUCGUCGCUCUCAAGGGACGCCGACACCACGCGGCCGCUUAGCGCCUCCACCCCGAGACGCGCAAAGUGUUUCUCUACCAGCAAGGUGGCGGUGGCGGUGGCGGCAACCGCCGCUGCGUGGAUCUGCUCCUGGCAAGGCAGUGUGCGGCCGCGUGCUCCCCCCCCACCUCACCGAGCAGAGUUUGGGGGAGGGGUGUGCUCUCGCCGUGCCCUCCCGCCGCGAAGGAUUCCGAAAACCGACGACACGGCAAUCAGGGAACACGCUGCACUCGCGCGCUCGCCCCCGAUUUGUUCGCCUGCUGUGUUUUUGACAACAAAAAUUUUGCCCGUCUUAAGAUGAGUUUUUACUGUUUUAUAUUUAAAAGAGAUUUUUAUAUAUAUAUUUAGCGCGGCAGGGUGGCGCAGUGUUUAACGCUCGUGUCUCACAGCAAGAACCGCCUGGGUUCGAUGGUUCUCUCCUCCCCUGUUCUGCAUGGGUUUCCCUCCGGGGCCUCGGGUUUCCCCCUUUCCAUAGCUACAAAGAAAAUCACAGACAAUGUAACCGGUGCCGGUCAACACAUCCCAGUGUCAGAAAAUGACCUGUAAAUCACUCAAUUGGGAUUACACAUAGGUACAUCGCCCCUGACUGCAAACACCUGGCAGGACCUUCCUGAGGACCAAGUGGUGGCGAGAAGGAGGUCUUGGGUGCGAUCCCGACCCUGACGUCUGCUGUAUAUUUGGAGUUUGCGUGUCUCUCUCCCCGGGGUCGUGUGGGUUUUUCUUUGGGGUCCUCCGGUUUUUCCCUCCACAUUUAGAAUCGAUGCGCGUUUUUGAUGAUUUGGCUGCUAUACAUGUCUACAUGAUGAGCCACUUCGUUGAGCUAUCAUUUGUGGCUAAGUCGCUUCUGAAAAAGAGCUACUACAUAGCUCAGUGGGCCUACUAGAACAAGAAAUAGUAAAUAAACAAAACUGAGUCUUGAGACCCAGUGAAGCUUUGCUUGGUAAGCUAGAUGCUUAAUAAUAACAAGUUUUAAAAUGUCCAUUCUGCAGGGCCCUAGGCAUUUAGAAAUUAGUUGAUGCUUAUUAAAACACGUGUUUUUAAAUAUGGGCAGCCAAAAGAUGUUGAAUCAAUGAGAUGUCAGGACGUAGGAUUAUAACUCAUGUUAGGGUUAUGGUUUAAUCCAUGGCACUAUCUGAGACUGGGCCUUAUUUUGUAGAAUUAAACAUUGUAAAGAAAAAUGAAAAAGAGUCUUGAGACCCAGUGAAACUUUUCUGGGAAAACUAGACGCUUAAUAUUAACUGGUAAAAAUUUUACCCAUUCUACAGGGCCCUAGGCAUCUAGAAAUUAGUUCAUGCUGAUUAAAAAACGUGUGUGUGUGUCUAAAUAUGGGCUGCCAAAACAUGUUGAAUCAAUGAGAUAUCAAAACGUAGGAUUAUAACUCAUUCUUGAUUUGAAGCUUUCGUGACUGCAGGAAUCUAUACUCUUUGGUUCUUUCGGUAAAGUCACGUGGGUAGAAAUAAAAUAAAAUAAAUCACGACGUUUCAUCAGACAUCGCAGCUGUCGCGAUUUUCACCUGAAGACGGGUGCUUGUGUUGCGUUCGAAACGUCGUGAUUUGUUUUAUUUUAUUUCUACCUACGAUUAUAACACAUGUUAGGGUUAUGGUUUGAACCAUGGCACUAUCUGAGUGUGCCUCCCCCAAGCCCUUCACCUCCCGUCCAGCGGCACAUGAACCUUAUGGAGGGACCCCGGGGUCCCAUAAGCCCCCGGUUCUCGCAUAAACAUAUUAUAAUGUAAACUAAAACUUUGCUAUUUUUCACCAAUGGGUUUGAAGGAUGGUAGCAAGUGUUGUCUUGUUAAACUAUGCCUUUAAAACUGAAAACUACUUACCUGCAGUACCUCUAUUUAAAUACACUAUCGAAUUUUUUUUGUUACACCCCACUGUCAAUCAUCGUGUUUCUCAGUGUGGAUUCGUGAACACACUUUGUAAUCAGUACAUAAAAUAGUACGCGUUUUCAAUGCGCUGUUCAUAUUCUAACACGCGUUUAUACCAAUGUUACUCUACAGAGUAGUGGGUCACCGCUCCUCUUAUCCGCAUUGAUACGAGCGGUAUGUGGGGACUACGGCUUAACCGCAAAAAAAACCUAUCUGCACAGAUGUAUACGGACAAGAGUAUUGUUAUCAAACAGGAGGAAUUAACGGUGCGACGCAUCUCAUCUGUUGAAUAUCUGCAGGUAAUAGGAUUGUCAACGAUUGAUCCUGGCUGCAGACAUUGGUAGGUCACAAAUAAUAAUGAAGAUAAGAGAGGAGUUUCACUGUAUUAUGCAUUCCGUUAUGACAAAUAAAGGAUUUAAGUCGUGUCGGCAGUUUGAGCAGCUUUGGAUAAGACUUAUGAUCCUGCCCAUACCCGAGCAUGGAGUGCAUUCGCUUGUUCAGCUCUUCUGCGCAUUCGUCCUCGCUGCUGCGUUCGGAUGACACGGCAACAGAAUGAUCCGCGCCAGGCGGGUCGCGGCGUUUAUGUGCGUGGUGGGACGGAGUCGCCAAAAAUUAAAAUAAUUAUUUUCGAUUUUGACUUACGUUUUUUCGGGAGCCUCGGGGUUCCGCCAUAAGGUUCGCACGUGUAAACCAGAAGGUGAGACAAUGUUUUGUAUUGUUAUUACCACGUCCCCCAACUAUUGUCGCGUUUCUGUCGAUUGAAUCGAAGCGAUAAUACGAUUUGGAAUAUUUAUUUUCGACUGGAGAAGGAAUCCGAUGAGCUAUGAAGCUCUUUUCUCACAUGUUCAGCAUUGGUCGUGAAGUUACAACAGCAAACAAUAAAAAAAUACCAUACGAGUGCGAAAUAGGGAAAAUGGUAAGCAAGUCACUAAAUUUGAAAAUGUAAAAUAAAUACAUUCGUUAUAUAAGUACGAUUUUAUCAAGAUUGGGCAAGGAAGCAAAAAUAGCAAGGAAACAUUCCAAGAUCCCCACACCAAAAUGACACCACACAGUAGCCUCUCGAAAGAAUGGCACAUUAGCAUUGAACUAUCGUGAACUACACAGGUAAGGGUACAAACAAUUGGUGGAGCAAUGAACUCAUAGAGGGUCCUUGCCCAGGCCGCCACGGUGGCGAGAUGUUAACUACCUCGCCUGGUAUGCAGGAGGUCGUGGGUUCGAUCCUGACCCUGACGUCUGCUGUAUAUUUAGAGUUUGCAGUGUCUCUCUCCCCGUGGCCAAUGUGGAUUUUUCUCCGGAUCCUCCGGUUAUCCUCCCCCCCACCCCCCUCCACAUUUCCAUAGCAAUAAAUUCCCCACGUGACGAAAAACCACUUCGUUGGACGUAUCGAUUUUCGGCAGUCAGGACGCUUCUGAAAAAAUGAGCUACGGAGCACAGCGGGAGUUAUCUGGUGGUAAUAAAAAAAAACGCUGGCGACCCGCGCAUCGAGGUCGAGUUGGAGUCGUCGGUCGACAACGCGGACCGGGCAGGGAGGAGGGCAGAGAGAUAGAGAGAGAGAGGCCGUGGCGGUCGUACCCAUAGGAUCCCAGGUCGGGUCUUUAGACUGUGACGCGCUGUCUGGAUUUACUUGAAACCAGGUGGGCUGAUUGUGGCCACGCUCGUUGCUUUUCAGUCGAAUGUAAAAGCUUAGCAAGACGCGGGCAACCUCUUUAACCUUUCUGACCCCCAGAGGUGUUUAUGACGCUAUCUCUGUAAUUUUGUUGUACAAAAAAGUAGGUUUUUUGUAAAGAUUUGAAGGAUAAGAAUAAUAUUAAUAAUAAACCGCUAUAUUUUACAUAUGUAAAUUGGUGUUUUUGGAAUAUGUGUGUGUGUGUUUUGUUCACCUAUCACACUAAACAUCGGAACGUUACGAUUUGUGUGCAUCGAUUAUUUUAUUUUUUACGGAAAUUUGUACGUCUAAAGAUAAAAAAAAUUAUAUGUCAAUGGGAUUGGAUAAUCGGAAAAUUAUUGGUGAAUAUUUUACUUGACCGUACAGUCAUUUAAUGACACGUGCAAAGUUAAUAAACGUUUGAAAAACA